AGCCACCGACGAAUAGCGGCUUUUUCCGCGUUUGCUGAACGAGCAAAUCCGAGAAGGCGUUCGUAGUGAAAUAGAAACACUGGAGUCCCUGUUCGAGGCGCGCAAGUUCUCAUAAUUGUUUCUUCACUCAGAUCUGUCAAAUCAAUAUCAAUUUCUGAUCUGAAUUUUCAAAUUCCAUCAACUCCUGGAAGUUAAGGAACUCACAGAUCUGAGAAAAUGGCGCGGCGACUUUCACUGCCCGCGUUUUGUCUAUUCCUUAUCUGUUUCUCUCUGCUACACGAUCCCAUUCUUUGUAAAACCCUUAAACGAGAUGUGAAAGCAUUGAAUGAGAUCAAGGCUUCUCUUGGCUGGAGAGUGGUGUAUUCCUGGGUUGGAGACGAUCCGUGUGGUGAUGGUGAUCUGCCUCCUUGGUCCGGUGUCACUUGUUCUACCCAAGGAGAUUAUAGAGUGGUUACUAAAUUGGAAGUUUAUGCGGUGUCGAUUGUCGGUCCCUUUCCCACUGCUGUAACCAAUCUCUUGGAUCUUACUAGGCUGGAUUUUCACAAUAACAAGUUGACUGGACCAAUUCCUCCUCAAAUUGGACGGUUGAAGCGUCUCCAGAUACUUAACUUGAGGUGGAAUAAGCUGCAAGAUGUCAUACCUCCUGAAAUUGGUGAACUCAAGAGUUUAACUCAUCUAUAUUUGAGCUUCAAUAAUUUCAAGGGAGAAAUUCCAAGGGAGCUUGCUAGUCUUCCAGAACUUCGCUAUCUACACCUACAAGAAAAUCGUUUCACUGGACGAAUUACUCCUGAAUUGGGCACCUUGCAGCAUCUACGCCACUUGGAUGUGGGUAACAAUCACUUGGUCGGCACCAUUAGAGAACUUAUACGCUUUGACGGUUGCUUUCCAUCUCUUCGCAACCUGUAUCUCAAUGCUAAUUAUUUUACUGGAGGAGUUCCUGCUCAACUGGCAAACUUGACGAACUUGGAAAUCUUGUACCUAUCACACAACAAGAUGUCUGGAAUAAUUCCUGCUGAAUUAGCACGUAUUCCAAGACUGACUUAUUUGUUCUUGGACUACAACCAAUUUAGUGGGAGAAUUUCAGAUGCUUUUUAUAAACAUCCGUUAUUGAAAGCGAUGUACAUAGAGGGUAAUGCCUUUCGGCAAGGUGUGAAGCCAAUAGGCUUUCACAAAGCUCUUGAAGUUUCAGACACAGAUUUCCUCGUUUAAACCACAUCUCUGUUGUUCUUUAUUCAAAUUUGAAGCUUCUUUUUUAUGUUUGGCCCAAAGGAUUCUUCCUAUUCUUGGAAUUAUAUAAAGAAAAAGAAAUGCUUCUUCCAUACAUGGAAAUGAGCUUUAUAGUUUUCAUAUCCACGAGAUGAACGAACAAUUUUGUUAGGUAUUUUAGUCUAAGUAAUUUGUUGUUUUAGUCCGUAUUUGUGAAUCAUUGAGGAAGCAUUUGUCAUUACAUAUCCAGGUGGGGAUUGAAGUCUUCGACUUUGGUGAUGGUAUA